AUGAAACUGAACUCAAUUGUUGCUGCUGCUGCCACCACGGCCGUCACCGCUUGGGCUGCGGACUCUUCGUCCUCUAGGGUGGAAAGAACGUACUCCACUAUUUCGCCAAUGGCGUCAGAAAUUGCGAGUGCAGCAAGUAACGCGACGACCAAUCAUUUCACCUCAAACGUGACCGGUGCAGCUUUUGACCGUAUCGUUAUCGUCUGGCUGGAGAACACGGACUACGACAAAGCUGCUGGUCAAGAAGACUUGAAAUGGUUGGCGCAACAGGGUAUUGUUCUGGACAAUUACUGGGGGUUGACGCAUCCUUCUGAGCCAAACUACAUUGCUUCUGUUGGUGGUGACUACUUUGCUCUGGAUGACGACAGGUUCAUCGCUCUACCUUCCAACAUCUCGACCAUUGUUGAUUUAUUCGAUACCAAGGAAAUCUCGUGGUCAGAAUACCAGGAACAUCUACCACACACUGGUUUCCAGGGCUUCAAUUACUCUAACCAAGACAAUUUUGCCAACGACUAUGUCAGAAAACACAAUCCACUGGUGAUGUAUGAUUCCGUUGCCCAAAAUGAAACUAGAUUAGCAAACAUCAAGAACUUUACCAUGUUUGAGCAAGAUUUGAACGACAGAACGCUUCCACAGUACUCUUUCAUCACGCCAAACAUGACAAACGACGGUCAUGAUACCAACAUCAGAAUUGCAGGUAAAUGGAGUAGAGACUUCUUGGAACCUCUAUUAUCCAAUGAGUAUUUCAUGGAAAACACUUUGGUUGUUUUAACAUUUGAUGAAAAUGAAACCUAUUCGAUCAAGAACAAGGUUUUCACUAUUUUAUUAGGUGGUGCUGUUCCAGAUGAAUUGAAAAACACUACCGACUCCACUUAUUACGACCAUUACUCCUUGAUUUCUUCUCCAGUUGCUAACUGGGAUUUACCCUCGUUAGGUAGACAUGAUGUGGACGCAAACGUCUUCGAACUUGUUGCUAAUGUUACCAACAUCACCAACAAGGAUGUUGAUACCACGUACAAAUUAAACAAUGCAACCUAUGUUGGAUAUCUUUUAGAUGACCAGAUCGCUCUUCCUGCACCAAAUGUUACUGCAAUUAAUAGAAACGGCAGGGGUGUUUUACAGCAAGUUGUUGAUCAAUGGGGUGAUGAAUACUCUGCGCAAAUGUCGGCUAGUUAUUUCACAUCAACUACUACCACCGUCUCUGCCUCAGUUGGUGAUGCUGCAACAAUGACGUUGGCUGGAAAUUCUUCCACUUUGGCUACAAGUUCAGCUACCCAAGGAUCUAAUUCUACCACACAUCCUUUCACUUCUACGGGUGCGGGUGCUGUUAUCAAUGCCCUAUCUUUGAGUUCGCUCAUCGGUAUGUUGGCUGUAUUCAUAUAA